CUGACAGAUCUCAGAUGCACGUUCUUUUUCCUGAUACAAAGUUUUAUUUGCAAAUAACACAAACUGCUUAUAGUGCUGUGGAAAAAUAUUUCCCCUCCGAAGUAGGAACAAAUUUAUUAUUUUCUUUGAAUUUUGUUAAACUUGAAUGUUUCAGAUCGUUAUGAAAAUGUCAUUAGUAUUUAAUUUAUUGAGAGAAAGAACAGCCUUUAAAAAUAGUAAGAUCUGUGUGAAAAAAAGUAACUGAACACUUUGCAAUAACACUUUGGUAGAAAUGUUUUAUUUCAACACCAUUUUGGAGGGUUUUUGAGCACAAACUACAUCUCAGUCAGGAUAUAAGCUGAUUUUGACUCCAAAGUGCUGCUUUUUUGUAAUUAUUUUAGUCAUUUAAAAGUGGGUUAAUGUCAAUAAACUGAUAACUAGAAAUUCUCCUUAGCAUACCUGAACAUAAAUAUAUACAAACACUAAUAACUUCGCAGUCUCAAUUUAAUAGUAAAACUAUCCGAUACGUUGUUUGCUAGAUAACCGUCCGUCAGAGCGACUUAUGAUCAGAGCAGUUUGAUCAUCUUUCAGUUUAGUUGUUCAGAGAGUUCUGGUGAAAAGCUGCUAUAUUUGUUGACCCUGGAUGUUUUUUGUCACAGAACAAAAGAGUUGCACAUCAAGAGGUUCGCUGCUCCCCGAACAGCAACAAUAAUAAAACCAAAAAAAAAAAGUUUUUGUGCAGAGAUCCGUGGCUGAGGAUGUAGCAGUGGGAAGCUUCCUCGCAAAACUGCUUUGAUCGUUCCUUCAAAAUAAAUCAAAAGAUAAAUUAAAAACCAAAAAUAGGACAGAAGGGACUGAAGGAAAUCAAUGCAGCAGACGAGGGGAGGGGGCACAGGUUCAGAUCCCAGCUCUCUCUUCUCUGCUGGAGUCAUUUCUACUUCAGGGAGCAACAAAAGGGGAAUCGGCUUCACACAGACUCGGUUUGUGUGCGCCGAGGUGUUGACUUGUCAGCAAUUUGUGGGAUGCAUGGGGCAGAUUAGAGAGUUUGAAAAAUGGCUGUCUAUCUGCAUGCCUUAUUCCUUCCUUUCUUUAACCAUUUGCACUUUUGCUAGCCCAAUUACUAAUUUUAUUUGGAUGUUUAUAGGAGAUUUGAGCCCCUCUGGAGAAGCAGCAGAGGUCCACAGCUUAAGGGACACCAGGAUAUGUUGAUGGGAAAAGCAAUAAGUUAUAAGUUCUUAAUGGUAAAAAUGGUGGGAAGAAAACUUUUGUUUAUAGAAAAACCUAGGGAGUCCUAUUCACAGUUUGCCACAAGGAGACACAAUAAACGCGUGGAAUACUGUGCUGAACCUUUUGGAUCAAUUUCUCGAUCAGCAGGGACAGGAAAGCUGCCGGUCAGAUGGAAGUAAAGCUGUUAGAGACUUGAUACUGAAGCAGCGAUUCAGGUUGUCUGUGACCCUAAGCGUAGAUGAAAGCGUUACGAUUAAAAGCCUCGAAGGGGAUUCUGCAAAGUAUGGACUGGAACUUACUGUUGCUCUGUGUUUGUAUUAUUUGUCACUUUAACUGCUGACCAGCAUGGGACCCAGCAACCAACUUUCAGCAGAGCCUUCGGGACGCUGCCUCAGAGCUGUCAGGUUUUUCACAGGAGACAUGCGACGGUGUGGACAGUGGGUGAAAAGGCAGGUUCUGAUCAUCCAGCUGCUGGACGGUGUCUUACGAGGCACGGCUCAGGUCAUGUUUGUCAGUAACCCAGUCAGUGGACUUCUCAUUUUGACUGGCCUGUUCCUGCAGAACCCCUGGUGGGCUCUAAACUCUCUACUGGGAGCUUUGGUCUCCACGGUGUCGGCUCUGCUCCUCAGACUGAACAGGAAGGCGAUUUUUGCUGGGCUUCAUGGAUACAACGGGACUUUGGUUGGUAUGCUGAUGGCUGCGUUCUCCUCCAAGGGGAACUGGUACUGGUGGCUUCUGUUCCCAAAUGUGUUCUUGUCUAUGUUGUGCCCUGUAGUCUCCAGUGCUUUGUCCUCCAUUAUGAGCAAAUGGGAUCUCCCAAUUUUCACUUUGCCUUUCAAUAUUCUGACUUGCUUGCACAUCGCAGCAACAGGAACCGCUCACCCGUAUUUUCCAGAGGUGAAAAUUCAACCCAAAGUACAUCUGCAGCAUAGCGACUCUCUUGCAAACCUCAGUAUACCACAGCUAUUUUUGUCGGUGCCAGUUGGCGUUGGCCAGGUGUUUGGCUGCGACAGUCCCUGGACGGCGUGUCUCGUCCUUCUGGCCCUGCUGCUAUGCUCGCCAGCUGUCUGUUUGCAUGCCUUGUUGGGCUCCGCUGCUGGCCUGUGCACUGGACUUGCAUUAGCUGCACCUCACGAGGACGUCUACUCAGGACUUUGGGGAUAUAACAGUGCGCUGUCCUGCAUUGCUAUUGGAGGGGUCUUUUAUGGUUUAACAUGGCAGACACACAUACUGUCUCUAAUAUGUGCACUUUUCUGUGCAUACGUGACUUCAGCAACGUCAAAACUAAUGUCCGUGCUCGCGUUACCGGCCUGCACGUGGCCUUUUUGUCUGUCGACUCUCACCUUCCUCCUACUUUCCUCGGAGAACCCGGCCAUCUGCAGGCCGCCCCUGUCCGCCGUCUCCUACCCUGAGGAAAACCGGCACUACCUGAGGCAAUUGAAGAUGUCAGAAAACGCCCUGAGCAGCUGCAAGGGAGAACAGACUCCGGAGAAGAUGGAGGGAUGAAUUCUCAGCCGGAAAUGUGAAAAGCAGUUGCGAUGGGUCUGUGAGAGAGAUGUCGUUUUGCAUCAGUUUGACUGUGGCUGCUGUUAUGUUCAUGUUUUCUGCUUAUAUAACCGGAUCAGUUACAUAAAAAUGAGUGUUUUCUGGUUGAAAAAUGUUUUGCUCACAAUGCAGUACAUCUCGCGCCCUGCAGGUGGCGACAGAGAACCACAAAAACAAGAAAGUCACACCGAAUGGAAAAUCAGGAAGAUGUAAAUAUGUACCUGCACUUUUAGUUGCGAGUUGUUGUCAGGAAUUUAAUGAAGAACAUAAAGUAGUUUCUACCAAGUGUGAAAUCAUUUAGGGCUCCCAUACGGAGACGGGAUGUGAGCAUUCUUCUGCUCAUCAUAGCACAGUUUUGGUGGGUGCUUGUGGAAGAUUUAAUAUUCAGCAAAGUCUUUCAUCAAUGCAGACAGUAAGCUGCGGGAUAUUUUCCAAAUUGUUCCCCCUGUAAAGCCCUCUCUCACUGCCAGCCAUAAUCCAUCACUGUAUUCCAAUCUGUCCUCUUGUUUUUCAAUCAUUUCUCAUUUCUCCUCGGUUCAGACACUUUUUAUGAACCGGUUGUGUUGCUUGUCUUUUGUCUUUCCCUUCAUCCGUUAUCCGUCUCCUUUUCGUCUCUCGGAUGAUAACAGCCAGUCUCGCCCCUUUCAAGCAGAGCGAAAAGAUUUCAGUGGUUUUGAAAAGAAGAUGACAGGCUGCACACCAGGAGCUCUGUCUGGGUCGAUGUUUGCCUGUGCAUCUUAAUAUGUCUGUGCCGCCAUUUGGCUGUCUGUCUGUGCAUCUGGUGUGCUGAAGUCUGGUCAGAGUGAAAAAUAAAUAAAUAAAUCAGAGCCAGUCACACUUACAGAAAUGUGUGGGAGAUGCAGACUGGGGGGGGAGGGGGGGAGAGAAGGUGUGAGACAUGACGGGGGGAUGGAGUUGAGAUUUUCUUUUUCUUCUUUUUCUUGUCUCGUACAGUAAAUGUUGUUUCUCUUUGUGUUGUUUUAAACUAUGUUGAUUAAUCUGCUGCCCUUUGAAGGGCAGGGUGAGGGUUGGGAGCAGAAUGAUGUGGGAUGAGGUUGGUGUCACAUACUCUGUGCCCGUGCUGUGUGCUCACAGCAGGGUGAAUCAUCUCUUUUUUUCCCCCUGAAUCCCUUGCAGGAAGCACUCGCUAGUCCCAUAAGACUUAGCAGCAAGGGAUGACAGCAGGCUGCAGGGAUGAACUUUUCUCAUCUAUAAACUCUCUCACAUAUUAGCAGCUACAAGAUCUGAUGGUUCCUCAUAGAGGACAAUGAUGCCAAAGUCAGAGCCAAGGAAGCUCUCAUCUGGCCUCGGAGGAACAAAAAUAAAGCAGCUUGAUUGGACCAGCCAGUCACCUGACUUGAAUCCUGUUGAAAAUUUCUGGAAAGAACUAAACAUCAGAGUUCAUAGAAGAGGCAGAAGCUCCCAGGUUUAAAGACAACGUGGAAGAAUGGGACAAAAUGACACCUGAGCAAUGCAUGCGAGUACUUUCUCCAAACAGGAGGCAUCUUCAAGAGGUCAUUAUUUAAUACAUUUCAGAAAGCGCCUUCAAUGCUUCUUCUGUAUAUCAUUUCACAUUAUCACACAUAACUUAAUUCCUGAACUUUUUUUGUUUUGGUUUCUUUCUUUGUAUGAAUUACUUGGCUUCUUACCCACACCUGGUCAGUAGCAACUUUAUUUAUUUACAAUGAAAAAUUGUGAUGUGUUCAAUACUUAAUGUAUUCGCUGUAUAUUUGUCACAGCUCAGGUAAAAAAGAAAAAUAUAUACUAAUUCAGUCUGGAAAUGUGAUCAAAACAAUCUGCUAGGUGUUCUUAAGUUAAGUUGACAAUAAAAUAAAUACUACUUGAAGCAAUUUGUCUAAUAAGUUUUU